UGCAGCCAAUCACCGUGCAGGUCGGCCAGACGCCGCCAAGCUCGGUUUUUUGUUUGAGGUGACGGGAAGGGAGAAUACAGCGAGAGCAGGAAGAGGAGACGGGUCUGGGACGGAGGCGGCGGUGCGCGGGCAUACGAGGAGCUAACCACCGGGUCCGAGCAGCUGACAGCCGGGGCAGUGAGGGAGAGCGGCAGGGCGCGCAGAUACCGCGUGCGGCUGCAGUGUGGACGGGGCCCGCGCCGGGCUGUUGUGAGAAGUAGGGCCAACCUCCUGCCGCUGAGGAUGCUGCCUCCCCGCGCACUGGUCCUGCCCGCUCCCGCACCUCUCUUCCCGUGACUGCCUGCACUCCCGCAGGGCACAGGCCUAGGCCUCGUAGUCACGUUUGCGUGCUCGGCAGCUGCUGGCCCUUCUCCGCCUCCCCCACUCCCAUGAACCGGGCUGCACCCCCUGCUGUAUCAGAGCCCCUGUGGUGACGGAACUGGAGCGCUGCCGAGAGGUUGGUCUCCUGCAUGAGGCCCUGAGCUCGGCACACGAAGAUUCAUCUGGGUGGCAGUCCUGCUCUCAAUUCUUGCAUAUUUGGUAUCAUGGCAAAAGAUGCUGGAUUAAUUGAAGCAAAUGGAGAACUGAAAGUUUUUGUAGAUCAAAAUCUUAGUCCAGGAAAAGGUGUAGUGUCGCUGUUGGCUGUUCAUCCAUCCUCCGUCGGAAAACAGCUAUUGCCCAAAACUUUUGGACAGUCCAAUGUUAAUAUUUCUCAGCAAGUGGUCAUUACCACACCACAAAGACAGUCUGCACCAAGUACGAUUUUAUUAGGAAGUCCACAUACUCCCAACACGCACUUUGUUUCACAGAACCAAGUUACAGACACUUCUCCAUGGUCUGCUGGGAAAAGGAAUAAAAAAGGAGAGAAAAAUGGCAAGGGCUUACGUCACUUUUCUAUGAAGGUUUGUGAAAAAGUACAGAAAAAGGGCACAACGUCUUAUAAUGAGGUGGCUGAUGAACUGGUGGCAGAAUUUAGUUCAGCAGAUAAUCACAUAUCGCCUAAUGAAUCGCAGGCCUAUGACCAGAAGAACAUCAGACGUCGUGUUUAUGAUGCCUUAAAUGUACUUAUGGCUAUGAACAUUAUUUCUAAAGAAAAAAAGGAAAUAAAGUGGAUUGGUCUACCAACAAACUCUGCUCAGGAAUGUCAAAAUUUAGAGGUUGAAAGACAAAGACGUCUUGAAAGAAUAAAACAAAAACAGUCCCAGCUACAGGAACUUAUACUACAGCAAAUUGCCUUCAAAAACCUAGUUCAAAGAAAUCGUCAGGCAGAGCAGCAAGCAAAUCGAUCUCCUCCUGCCAAUUCAGUCAUACAUUUACCUUUCAUCAUAGUGAACACCAGCAAGAAAACUGUGAUCGAUUGUAGCAUUUCUAAUGACAAGUUUGAAUAUCUUUUUAAUUUUGACAACACAUUUGAAAUACAUGAUGAUAUCGAAGUACUGAAAAGAAUGGGAAUGGCAUGUGGGUUGGAAUCUGGUAGCUGUUCAGCAGAAGAUCUAAAAACUGCAAGAAGCUUAGUACCAAAGGCUCUAGAACCAUAUGUUACAGAAAUGGCUCAGGGAUCCAUCAGCAGUGUGUAUGUGUCGUCUACGUCAGGUUCAGUGUCGAAUGGCCGAAGGUUUUCUGCCAGUGACUUGACCACUGAUGGGAUGCUGGCAACUAGUUCCAACGGAUCACAGUACAGCAGCUCCAGGGUGGAGACGCCCGUCUCUUAUGUUGGAGAGGAGGAAGAUGAUGAUGAUGACGACUAUGAGAAUGAUGAUGAUGACUGAUGUGAAAUGUAUUCAGUAAAAAAAAGGACUAUAAAGCUACAGGAACUUUGUUUUGUGUGUUUCUUUUCCUCUGUUUUAACAUCACUUCUACGAAAUAAAAUUGCCAAGGCAAUUCGUCGUAGCAAAGCAAAGGUUUUUCUAAUCUAGGUGAGGCUACUUUCACACUAGCGUUCGGCUAGCGUUCGAUCGGAUCCGUUCUGAACGGAUCCGAUCAUAAUAAUGCAGACGGAGGCUCCGUUCAGUACGGAUCCGUCUGCAUUAUUUUAGCA